CGUGCGUAGGGUGCGUAGCAAGGCCCUAUAUACCGUGCGUAGUGCGCGCGUGUCCCCGCUUCGCAUUUCUGUGUUAUUUUCUAUUAAUUUAUUUUUAUUCAAGGGCCUGUUCAGGGCUAUAUAACCAGCCUGUUACAGUGCCUCCAAAAUCAAUAUUUAGGUGAUUUCUUCUCUGACAGUGAGGUGCUGCUGGCAGUGAAAGGCAAAGUGUGUUGAAAGUCAUGUGUGACAAUGCUGUCACUGUCUUUCUGCUGCUGUUUCUGGUAGCAUCAUGUGCAGCCCAGGCAGACAGUCGGAAGUCAAUGAACCGUGCCAGAAAGUCGGCCAGUAGCCAGCGAAAAGUCAAAGUGGAAGCAGCCACUUUUUCACUGCCGUCUCCAGUAAGUGAGGAGGAAGCUGUGGAGCUGCGCAUGUUCGGUCCCUACCUGGCGCACGUGGGGGGCGCCGAACUUCUGCUCAGGAGAGACGAUGGAACCGAGAUGCAACGGAGACUGACAGCCCUUCCCAGCCGCCCGGAAGGAGUGGGCGGCUCCCUCUCCGAGCUCCGCUGGUCGGUUUGCGGCGCAGCCGGCGUGGAUACAGUGUCAGUUCAGGUGCUAUGGAAACCCGAGACGGCCGAGAACCAACGAUGGAUCUUCUGUAGGAUCGGCAGCACACCCGUCCUGAUCAGUGCCGGCGGCGAGUGGGACGUGCGACUGGGUCGGCUGGAGUACCGGAGACUACCGUGGUCACCGGACGGUGGGGAGCUCGGACCAUCCGCUGUGGCUGUCAGGAGUGGAGACCGAACGCCAGCCGUGGCCUGUCUGAAACUGCAGUGUAUGGAUGACGGCGAGCUGGACUCCUUGUCAACUGAUGACGUCACGUGUCAGGAGUUCACCGACUGUGCAGUGUUCGACAUCCCGCAGGGCCGGCCGUCAUACCUGUUCGUUCGUCCGGGCCCCACCACCAGCUCCCAGAUCGGUAAGCCGCUGCGGGUUCAGUUCCAGACUGGCCCGGCCCCGCCGGAGUGGAGUAUCUCCUCCGCUCCCUCUCUGGAUGAAGAAGAGGCAGAAUGUAGACGGAGGCAGUGGGGAGUGAAUGUAACGGAAGGAGAAGAGGGGAGGGUGUCAGAAGAGCAGGGAGAGGAAGACGUGAGGGGAGAAGAGGAGGGUGGGAGACGCGAGGAGUUGGAGGAUGAGGAAUGGGGACAAGAUGACGCUGCUGAGAAUCCGGUGGAGCAGGAAUUGGAUCGAAUGGAGGGCGAAGGAAGCAUUGAGGAUGGUAGAAUCAUUGACGACGGAGGACUUAUCAAAGAUAGAGGAAAUAUCAGCGACGGGGAAAUCAUGGACGAUGGAGAUAGUUCUGAGGGUGUAGAAAGGCGUCUGGAAGAAGAGGGAAGACGCCGCGGGGACUGGAAUGGAAACGAGUCUGGGAUGGGAAGAGAGGACGUCAGCGAGGAGACGGCAGUCACACAGCCCAAAGGGCCCGUCAGAGUGCGUGUGAAGACGACUGUGACUUUAUACCGUCCACGCCAGACGUCACCGUCUUCGGGAGGGCUGACGGAACGACCUCAGCAGCGCCAGGGUGAAACUGAACUACGUCAGGGAGAAGCAGGGUUGAAAGGAGAGAAAAAGUACGAACAGGAUUCGGAGAGGAAGCAGCGACCAGAGAACUGGAAAGAUGGUGAUGAUUAUGAAUAUGAUCAUGGUGAUGACAUCGAUGAUGAUGACAAGAUGCCAUCCGAUGCAGGCACUGGAGCUGUGACGGCCAAAGAAGCUGAUGCUGUGAAGUCCAAAGGCGCCGGAUCGUCCUCUGGUGGUCCUAGUACGGUUCCUUGCGGCAGGCUGUGCUCGGUAGUGGUCAUGGUAUCGUUAACCGCUGGACUCAAGGUUUUGCUCUGAUGACUGGAUGGUUAGUAAGGAAUACUUUUCACAGAUUCAACGUCAUCUCAUGGUGCGGACAUUUUUGGCUAGUGUGGAAAUUUUGGUAUUCUCAUCAUCUAAAAGAUCCAAUAUUUUCAUAAUUGGCUAUUCUAUCAUCUGCUUCACUCACAAAAAGCUGAGUGGAUCUUAUUCACAACUGGACAGUGAUUUAUUGACUUGCAUGAGCUUUUCUACGUCUCAUCAGAAGAAAUUUUGGGCGUCGUUUCUCGACGUACAGCCCUGUCCAGAAUCCUGCCUAAAGUUCUGUCUGGUGCCUUAAUCACAUUAACAGAGAUCAAACGCCAAACUUGCAUCUCCGCAAAAAUAUCGCCACCGCGGGUAGAUUUUGCAGUUUCACUUCUUUUCCGAAGAUCACAGGCGACGUCAUCAAUUUCCUUUUUCCCAGGUAUUCCUCCGAUUUCAUUAGGUGUAAGGUGGUGCGUUUGCCAAUUUGGUAGCUAGGUUGAUAGUUCCGUUCCUAAUCGAGCCUCGUAAGAUCAUCGUACACCAAAUCAGGGCGUUCUACGUGUUGCGCUUCGGCUAUAUGUUGUAGCUUGCAUUUGUUAGUUUUGUAGUGUGCUAAGCUGAAAGCUCAGAGUUUGUGUCGUUUUGGCAGCUAUCUUGCCUAGAUACUGCCCGGGGACGCUUUUCUGCAGGUUUCUUCCAAAGAGUCGUGUAGACGUGGAGAGGGAAUGACCUGCGGACAAGGGUGUGCUGAAGAUGUUUUUGGUUUUUAUAUUUAAUGUUUCAUGUUUCCGUGAUAGUCUUGCUGGAAAACUAUAAUAUGGUGCAGCCUUUCGGUAGUCGUAUGCUGGGCUUAAACGGUUACGUUUCACGUAUGAACAUUUCCUCAAUGUACCGUUAUCAAGAAACUUUUCAGCACUCGUUCCCGUGAUUUAUAUAUCCACCAUUUUUAUGCAUUUAAAGACAUUAGGUUAAGUAAUUCCAGACACGCUUGUUAGACUCGAUGCUGCUUCCUGUGGUGUAUUAUGCGACUUGUGUUAGCUCAAUGUAAUCGUUUCUUUAGAGUAAAGUGUUUGUUCACAAGAAUCCCUGCGUUGUGGUGGUCAUUUCUAUGACCACACUCCGCCGUUCUAUGAGAAUCGGUGAAAGGAACCUUACGUUCCAGUAUUACGAUUUCUUACUUGGUUUUGAAUCAACGAACUUCUUCGUUUAGUCGGUCUUUCAGUGACGAGUAAGGAAUGUGUGUGAUAUGGCAUCGGGCACGUUGGUAGCACUCGAAUUGAGUCGUUUGAUCGCGAUAUUUGUGAGAGCUUUCAGAGACCAGUGUUAUUUUGGAAUGGUGUGCCAAUGACAAUACGGUAGGGUUUGGGAAUCAGAAAUGUGAUGAGACGUCUGGAAAGAAUGGUUUUUGUUCGUUUUUUAUUCAGUGAUAUCGGUUGUGUUAGCGAUUGUAUUUUCAUUCACAUAAGACAUGUAACAUGACAAGCGACGGUGUUCUUACCAUUGUAUUAUUGCGUUGAUACUUUGCUCAUUUUGUUACUCUUGGUUGAAGUUUAACUACCAUUUUUUACCUCUGCAUCGCACUAAAAGGGCUAAGAGUUUGUGAUUCUACUGUGCAUUUCCUAAGCCAAGUGCCAGUAUUCUGAGGCCAUUGAAUGUUUCGACGCAUUUGGCAGCUGCGAGGGAGUGUUGAAUUGACUACCGACUGACAUGUGAUGUGGUAGGCUGUGGUUGGAUUGUAGGAAGCUGGGUUUUGACCAGAGAGGAACCCGAACUGUUCCGUUUGUAACGAACAAUGAUGCGCGUUUGACAAUGUAAUGUCUUGAUUGACGAGCUUUGAUGAACAUAAUUUCUAUCAAUAUUUGUACGGAUUCUUGUAUAUGUGAACGCCCCGUAGUGUUCCUUAGUGACGUUCCUAUGCUAUGCUAUGCUUGGCCUUCUUGUCGCUUUUGUAAUAAACGUGUUUGAUUACAUA